AUGAUACAUAGGAACGAUCUGAAAGGCUUCUACGCGUGCGCGCAAGAAGAUCCCAUGGCUGCCGUUUGCGCUAUGGUCUUCAGACGCGCCUCCUCAUCGCUGUGGAGCCACCAGGUGAAGGUGUUUGCUUCUGAUUGCGACUACACCCUCUGGGAUGGUGCCGUCUCGGAGGAUGGGCUGGAGGUUGGCCUCACGGGCCCCUACCUGGAGCUCCAAAGGCGCCUCUCAGUCCUCCAGACCUCCGGUCGUCUCGUUUGCCUGGCCUCUCGGAAUGCCUACAGCGAGAUGAUCGAGCGUGUGCUCAAGGAUCGCGCCUCUGAGUGCGAGCUGGCGUGGGACCAGGUUGUGGCGGCCGAGGUGCAUCCCGGACCCAAGCCCGAGAGCCUCCAGCGGCUGUCCGCAGCCCUUGGCCUCAGCCUGGACGCGUUUGUCUUCAUCGACGACAACAGCUUUGAGAUUGCCGACGUCCGCCGGUCAACUCCCGAAGUCUACACCAUUCAUGUGCCAGGAGAUCCUGCGGUUUAUGCGCGGGCACUCCCUCAUUGGUGGGUGCUGGAUGCCUUCGUCGGCAGGGCUCAGACGACAGAGGAUGCCCGCCGCACGGAGCUGUACCGCAGCAACGCGGCUCGCCGAGCCGAGAAGGAGAGACAUGGCUCACUGGAGGCCUUCGUCGCGUCUCUGGAGGUAAGCAUCGACAUCCGACCGCCCAGCGAGGGCGACAUGAAUCGGGUCAGCCAAAUAUCCAUGAGAACCAACCAGUUCAACACCACCCAGCUGCGCUUCAGCGAAGAGCAAGUGAGGUCUUGGUGCUCCUCGGGGAGCCAUUUCGUGCUCACCGCACAGGUGGCUGAUAAGUUCGGGGAUUACGGCCUGGUGGGCGCAGCUUUCUGCACCCGCGCGACCGGCAGUCUCAUUCUCGACUGCUUUGCCCUGAGUUGUCGGGUCCUGCACCGCGGCGUUGAACAGAGCCUUUUUCGGCAGCUGGGGAGAGCUGCCAUGGAGGAGGGGCUCGAGUUGCUCGAGGUCCGGUUUCGGGCAUCCGGCAAGAACGACCUGGCGCGAGGUUAA